UUCUCUCUCCAUUGUGUUGAAAACUCCUUCCCGCCUUACUCAUUUCGCCUCUACUCCCAAAUCAAGUUCCUUCACUCAGGAAUGGCCACACAAAGUGAGCAUCCUGUGCAACAAGGUCCGAGUGCUGAAGGGGUUGCACAUUCUUUUAUUCAGCAGUAUUACACUUUACUCCAUCAUUCUCCUCAGCAGGUUUACCUAUUUUACCGAGAUACAAGUAUUUUGAGUCGGCAGGAUCUUAAUGGUCUCAUGAGAACUGUGACAACCUGUAACUGCAUAAAUGACGAGAUAUGUAACUUAGACUACAUCAACUACAAGACAGAGAUUAAAUCUGCUGAUUCUCAGGAUUCUUUUGAGGGUGUCAUGGUCCUUGUGACUGGCUGCUUGACGGGAAAGGACAACAUGAGAAGGAAGUUUGUGCAAACAUUUUUCCUUGCUCCUCAAGACACAGGAUACUAUGUUUUAAACGAUGUUUUUAGGUAUGUGGAGGAGACUACAUCAGAUGGUCUAUCAGAGAUGGCUACUGUAGCUCAUGACACCCCAUCAAGUGCUUUGACACAAGAUCCAGAACCUGCACAAGUGAUUGAUCCCCCCAAAAAAGAAAAUAUAACUUAUGCAGCGGAAAUUAAGAUUGCUAAGAAGAAAGAGAAUGACCAAGUGACUGAUGAGAGCGCAGCUAGUCACCCUAGAGAAACUGUGGUGGCAGAAGAACCAAUUAGUUCUGCAUACCCAGAGGAUUUCCCAAAAAUAUCAAAUGCUUCAAUAGUUGGUGCUCAAACAAAGAAGGGACCUACCAAAGUGUAUACUCCUCCUGCAGCAAGAGUAGCUUCUACAAAUACUGAGAAGCAAUCAAGUAUUCCUGUUGCUGAGGCUUCAGUUUCUGAAGCAUCAAAGAACCGUGCAACUGUUAAUGCCCCAGAAACCGAUUAUGCCCAUGAUGAAGUUGAAGGUCAUUCUAUAUACAUCCGGAAUUUGCCUCUAAAUGUAACUGUUGAUCAGCUUGAAGCUGAAUUUGCAAAAUUUGGACCUAUUAAGCAAAGUGGGGUCCAUGUCCGCAGGAACGAGCUACAAAGAUUCUGUUUUGGCUUUGUUGAGUUUCUAGAGUUCAGCUCCAUGCAGAGUGCAAUCAAGGCUUCUCCUAUAACUAUCGGGGGCCAUCAAGCUACUGUGGAGAUGAAGAGAAGCACAUCUCGAGUUGGCAGUGGGAGGGGUCGUGUUAGCUCUCAAAGGGGAGGGUUUCAUGUUGAAAACUUGAGGGGUCGUGGAAACUUCAGAGGUGGUCGGUUCUCUGCGAGGGGUGAUGAUGAUAGUAGCUUCUGGGAUCAUUUCAGCAGUGGUGGAGAAGGCUAUCGCCAACAGGGAAGAGGACGGGGCAGCCCUCGUUAGAUUGAAUGUGUGAUGUAUGUGGUGGCAAUUUUGACAGAUUCUGUUACCUGAAUCAUAUGAUGGUAUAUAGUCGUUUGACUCACUUGUGUUAAUAUUAGUCAAUUUUCUUCCUUGA